AUGGCGCGAUUAGUUGAUGCACUUCACGGUUUAGUGAAUUCUGUUGCACAAUCGUACAACGAUUUGCACUUAGAGUCAGUGAAUGAAGAACAUUGUCAGAGGUGCUAUCAGGUGUGUGUUGAGACAAUUGAAUACUUUAAGACUAUUUUGGCAGAUCCACAAUCAAGUGUUCAAAUUAAGAGAAGCGUUCAAGCCAGUAUUGUGCUUUUGUGCUGGUAUGGCGAUCAAUUUGCUCAACUCAGCGGCCUGGCUGCAGGUGGUGAUUUGAGAAUGCGUCAUCGACUCAUCAAGUGGCAAGAUCUCGAUAACGCUUUCGCCAAUAAUAUUCGAACUGGAUGUGUCACAAAUCUCUCUCACACCGAUUUGAGAGAAUUUUUAAACGAUUCACAAGACUUGGUGUUUGAGAAAAUCCAAGAAAUGUUGGGGGAUGUUGCUGGGGUGAAAAUCAACGUCGAACUUGUAUGUAAAUUCAGAAAUGAAAAAAUUAAUGACGUCGUUGAUGAAACUAAAUCAUUCAACACCACAAGUCGUGAAAUUACACCCACAACAUCUCUCGCUGAUUGGUAUGCUAAUCAUGUCAACGAGAACUUAUUAAAAAAGGUUGAAGAGUUCAAUCAAAAGGACUCGGGGUGGAGAUUACUUGAGAUCCAUAGCUUGGUUAUCACAAUGUCCAGAUAUACACCUCUACAAGCUGGAGCAUCUACUUUUGUCAGACUACCCAGAGACAUUCACCUCAAACGCGCAGUCUUAAACAUCGAGAACCACGACGAGCACUGCUUUCUCUGGUGUGUUGUUGCGGCAACACACGAAGCUCACACCGGACAUCCGGAGAGGACAACAUCGUACCCUCAUUACAGCAGCGUACUUAAGUAUGCAGGUAUUGAUUUUCCUAUUACCCCCAAAGAUAUACUGAAAUUCGAAACGUUAAAUAAUUUAUCAAUCAAUGUAUACGGUAUUGAGUCAGAAUUUAACGGUUUCGGGGAUGAAAAAAGUACUAUAAUACCAUUAUAUUUAAGUGAAAAUUGUAAGUCUGAUGUAAGAAAAAUUCAUCUUCUAAUGGUGCAGGCAAACGUAAAUUUAAAUAUGUCCAAUGAGAAUGAUUUUAAAAAUUAUAAGCCUGUUUAUCAUUUUGCCUUAAUUAAAAAUCUAUCGCGAUUAGUUAAAAAUCAAAUUUCUAAGGCGCACUGUAAAUUAUAUUUCUGUGAUAGAUGUUUAAAUCACUUUAAAACAGAAACAUCUUUUAAUAGUCACAAUGAUGACUGUUUCAAAUUAAAUAAAGUCCGUAUGAAAUUUCCUAUUAAUGAAAACAAAAUAUUAAAAUUAAAAAAUUAUCGUAAUAAAGACUCGGUACCAUUUGUUGUCUACGCAGACUUAGAGUGUACACUAGAGCCUCAGGGGGAUGAUGAUGAUAUUCAAAAACACGUUCCACACAGCAUUGCAUUUUAUCGUCAUUGUAAUUAUGACAAUAAUUUGUCAAAAUUUGAAAUUAAUCGAUCAUCUGAUUGCAUAAAAUGGUUUGUCAAUAAACUCGAAAAUUUUGCAUUUGAAGUUGAGCAGUAUUUAAAAAAUCCUAUACCUAUGAAACCACUCGACAAACAGCAACAAAAGAGUCAUGAUCGGUCAACUGUUUGUCAUAUUUGCGAAAAAACAAUAGCCUCUGAUAAGGAGAAACGCUAUGAUCAUUGUCAUUUUACGGGCAACUAUCGCGGACCUGCACACAUCUCAUGCAAUUUAAAUUAUCCGAAAUCCCAUGUAAUACCAGUAGUAUUUCACAAUUUAUCGGGGUAUGAUUCGCAUUUCUUAAUUAAAUCAUUAGCAACAGUUUUUGGAGGUAAAGUUACAUUAUUGCCAAUUAAUAAGGAGCGAUAUAUUUCGUUUACAAAGUCCAUUAAUAAUAUAUCCGUAUCUUUACGCUUUAUAGAUUCAUUUAGAUUCAUGGCAUCAAGUUUAGAAAAAUUAGCAUCUUAUCUUGAUGAUGACAAUAAAAAAAUUACAAGACUUCAUUACCCAGAUCCGGAAAAAUUUCAAUUAGUUACUCGCAAGGGUGUAUUCCCGUAUGAAUACAUUACAAACAUUGAUAAGCUUAAUGACAAACAGUUGCCCGAUCAAAACUCAUUUUUUUCAAAAUUAUCCAAUACUGGUAUAACUGAUGAUAAUUAUGCGUUUGCUCAACUUGUCUGGAAUAAAUUUAACAUCAGUACAUUAGGCGAGUACUCUGAUCUAUAUCUCAAGACUGAUGUACUACUCUUGGCCGAUGUAUUUGAAAAUUUCAGACAAAGUUGUUUAAAUAAUUAUAACUUAGACCCGCUGCACUAUUAUACAGCGCCUGGAUUAGCUUUCGAUGCAAUGCUGAAAUACACAAAUGUGGAACUAGAACUAUUGACUGACCCCGAAAUGGUACUUUUCAUCGAGAAAGGAAUACAAGGUGGAGUGUCUCAGUGUACUAAUAGGUAUGCGAAGGCCAACAAUCGGUACAUGGGUGAUGAAUUUGACGUUAAAAAACCCGAGUCAUACUUGAUGUAUUUUGACGUCAAUAAUUUGUAUGGCGCGGCAAUGAGUAUGCCACUACCUAAAGGCUCACUUGAGUGGGUAGAUGAAAAUGAUUUAAUUAAUGUAAAUAACUUCGUAAAUACUAAUGACACUGUAGGAUGUAUUUUAGAAGUAGACUUGCACUAUCCACAAGAGCUACAUGAGCUACACAAAGAUUUACCAUUGUGCCCUGAGCACUUUUUACCGCCGGGUAGCAAGUCUACUAAAUUAUGUACAACUUUGCAUGAUAAUAGUAUAUUGUACAACUAG